ACUACUACUAUUACUACUGUAUGAGAGAGACAUGCAGAUGAGGUCUGUCACCACACUGCUGGUGCUGCUGUUCUCCAUGUGUGGAGCUCAGACUCAGAGCACCCAGACUGAAGUUCAGACAGAGAGCCAGAGCACUGGGGCUGCUGCUGCUGCGGUCACUACCACGCUGGACGUCUCUGCUGAGCUCAGGGAACUCAGAGACAUGGUGGUGGAGCUGAGAGUGCUGCUGACUGUCACCCAGAAUGAGCUACAGAACACCAAAGCUGAGAUAAAGGACUUGAAGAUGGAGAAUGCAGCACAAAAGACUGAGCUGGCAGUGCUGAAAGAACGACUGGUGGUCAGUGAGACUAAAGUGGAGGCUCUGGAUAAGGUGAAUUCAGCACAAGACACAGAGCUGGCCGUGCUGAAGACCAGACUGGCUGCUAGUGAAACCGAAGUGGUGAAUCUGAGGAAGGAAACUGCAGCACAUGAGACCAAACUGGCUGCCACUAAGACUGAGGUGGAGAACCGGAAGAUGGAAAAUACAGCACAAGAGGCAGAGCUGACAGCAGUGAAGACCAGACUGGCAACCACCGAGACUGAUGUAGUGAAUCUGGAGAAAAAGGUCACAGACCAGCCCAAGGUGGCAUUCUCAGCAGGCCUGACUGACUCAGGAUACAUAGAGUCUGGGAAUACUCAGCUGAACUUGGUCUUCACUGAAAUCAUCACCAAUGCUGGGCAGGCCUACAGCAGGACAACAGGCUUCUUCACAGCUCCAGUCAGGGGAGUCUACUACUUCAGAUUCACUGUCUUGGAUGUACUAACCUCACGCCAGAUGAUGAUAAAAAUGUUUAAGAAUGGACAGCAAAUCAUGUUUAUUUCAGAGUAUGAUACUGAUGGACAACACACAUUUCUGUCCAGUGGUGUGACUCUGCAGCUGGAGGUGGGAGAUGCAGUUAACUUGCGACUCCCUGCACACCACAGGCUCUAUGGUAACCAUAAUAACUACAGCAUCUUCAGUGGCUUCCUGCUCUUUGUUCUCUGAAGGGAACACACAACUCAACUUUGUAUGUUGUCAAAUGACAAAUGAAUAAAUACUGUACGAUCAAAUAAACCACUUUCAAGUGA